AUGGCACCAAACGUCUUGCUAACUGCCAUAUUGACUACGCUACUGUGUACAUCAUGCAUAUCUGAUUCAUGCCCGAAUUGUCGGGUUAUCUACGAGAAGUGUCAUCCGGUAAAGGGUACUGGAUCUGGACGUGAAGAGCUUUGUGUCACCUGUGACCCUUCUGCGGAACAUCUCGUCAGAGAUACCAUUCCACGCUGCACGCUUCUUCAGAAAGCGACAACUUUGUUUCUCCGGAAUUUCCGUCUUGGCUACCUGUCCUCGGCCGACAUCAACCACCUUAAGCAUCUGACGCAUCUUUACAUACAACCAGGAAACCUCGGGCUCCUUGACAAUCAGACGUUCGAAGGGUUUGAGUGCAAGCUGUACGAACUGUUUCUGUCUCAUAACAACCUUCCGUAUCUAGGAAAGGGGUGGCUUGUCGAAGUUCUUCGUUUUCUCAACUUAGAUCAUAACGAAAUAGCUUAUAUAGAAGAGGGGGCAUUUGGUGUCAGUGACCAAUGCCUCGCGACGCCAGCUCUAUUUCUGCCGUGGAACAAGCUCGUGGAAAUCAAGCCAGGAUACUUCAGACAUCUUUGUAAGCUGAGGGUCUUGGAUCUACGACAUAACCAAAUUUCCACCAUCGACAAAGGUACCAACGACUUCAAUUUAUUGUGCUAG